AUGCCCCUUAGCGCGUCCGUCAAGGAAGAAUAUCUGGCCAGUGUGUCACCCACAAAUCUGCGCUCCGGUGAGAAUAUUAAGCGUAGAAGAGUCACUCGUGCUUGCGACCACUGUCGACUCAAAAAGGUCAAAUGUGAUGGCAAGCAGCCAUGUAUUCAUUGCACAGUAUACUCCCAUAACUGCACCUAUGAUAGACCAAAUAUCCGUAACAAGAAGACAAUGGCCCCACUACCCAGUACCCCACAGUCAGCAGCUUUGUUGCAGCUGAUUGCGUUGAAUAGAAUGCCCUCCAUAAGUACCAUCAAUGAAAACUUGGUGUUGAGCCAAAAUAUCUUGAACUUGCUCUUCCCCAAACUUCAGUUCAAUUUCUUGGAGGAAAGCCCGCAAGAGUUCGAUUACAAGCGUUUGCAAAAGAUCGUCAUGCAUUUACAAGCUAGAAACCCAGCCUGUGUUAAUUUGAACGAGAUCUCAGAAAUGUACCAAGACAGCGACUCGCUGCAGCCCUCUCCAAGUACUAGACUAGAGCAGUCCAUGGGAAGCGAGACUUCUGGAGACGAGGCUCUCGGCGCAGAGUUCAAACUCAUUUUACCUCCAAAGCCUGAGGCACUUCAACUCAUAUACACAACCUGGAACAAGGCUUGUGUCCUCUUUCGUUUUUACCAUAGACCAUCCCUCCUCGAGGAAGUAGAUCUUCUUUACAGCUUAGAUCCCAGCCACUACACUGGCAGACAGCAGAAGUUUUUACCGUUCAUGUAUUCCCUUUUAGCAUGUGGAUCUCUCUUUUCAAAGAGCUCCAACUCAACAGACAAAACCAACAGCACAUUGGAAGAUGACGGAUUUAAUUAUUUUUUGGAAGCAAGGAGACUUAUAGAUGUGACCAACGUCGCAGACUUGCCUUCAAUCCAGACAAUUGUCAUGAUGAUUUUGUAUCUUCAAUGCUCAGCCAGGCUUUCCACUUGUUACUCUUACAUUGGUAUCGCGCUUAGAAGUGCUUUGAAAGAAGGUCUACAUAGAAAUCUUUCCAUUUUCCAAUCAAAGAGAAGACUCGAUCCCAUUGAAGAAGACACUAGAAAACGAUUGUUCUUCACUAUUUACAAGAUGGAUAUCUAUAUCAACUCUUUAUUGGGUUUGCCCAGAUCUAUUAGUGAGGAUGAGUUUGACCAAGAAUUCCCUAUUGAGUUAGACGACGAACUCAUUACUCGUGACGAAUUUCUUGUUGACAAGCAAAAUGGCAGACUAUCAUCUUCGGCCUGUGCCAACCAUCACACCAAGUUGACAAUGAUUCUUUCAAAAAUUGUCAAGGAGUUGUAUCCUAUCAAGGUAAAGACUAAGCCAGUGGAUGGUGAACCGGCAAUGAACAUACAUGAUAAGGUCACUGAGUUAGAAUUCGAACUCAAACUCUGGUGUGACAAUCUCCCAGCGGAGUUAUACCCCACUGAUCCAAGCGACUCCAAGAGUAACGACGGAAUUCCAGAGAAGUUCAAGCUUGCCAACUACUACCUUCAUUUCUCAUUUCUUAAUUGUAAAAUCAGUCUCUAUCGACCAUUUAUUCAUUACAUCAGUAAUGGAUAUGCGGGAACCAACUCAGAUCCGAGAUCCUUAAUUCGUGGCCGGAACUGUAUUAAGGUCGCCAGAUUGGUCGUCAAGUUGGCAAAUAAGAUGAUUGACGAGAAUCUUUUAAUAGGAACCUAUUGGUUUUCGAUGUACACGAUUUUCUUCUCCAUUGCGUGCCUCAUCUACUAUUUUCACUUCGCUAAUUACAAUAACCUGAAGAACAACACGAUGGGUGUUAAUUACGCGGGGGUGUACUUCGAUGAUGAUUUGAACAUUGACAUGAUAAAGGCAGACAUUGAAAUCGGAAAGAAGGUUUUGAAUACCUUGAAGAACAUGUCUAAUUCGUCGAUGAGAAUUUACAACAUCUUGAAUCGUUUGUUUGAGCAACUCAACAGAAAGACUGCCGCAAACAACUCCAUGAGAUCAAAAAAUCACGAGCAGUAUCCCUCAUCAACUGAGGGCUCGCUCAUGGAUAUCGGCAUCAACAACCUCGAGGGAUUGAGUGAGAGUAAUAAUCAGGUACCGGGAGCUCUUGACGUAGACAUGGACAAAAAUGAUAUGAAGGAGAACAAAACCGGGGAUAAGCAAUUUUAUGAAUUCUUCACAAACAGUGCGGCACUAGGUCCCGAAAUUGGAAAAGAUGCGUAUCCCAACCAAGCCGCACUGAUGCCGGACCUGAGUAUUGCAAACAGUCCUAACAUAGAUGUCGACAAGCUCCAAGACUUACCCUCCUCAGUUGAUAAUACAGAUCGUCCUGCUCAAGGCGAAGGUAGCCCCGCAGAUAGAGCCAUUAAUUCUGACAUGAGUGCGGACAAGAGCAUAAACAACGGAGAUCCACUUAAGCAGUUUAUGCACACACCCUUGGAGUAUGUACCGGGCGUCAUUGACGCCGUAGAUGCCCAGAUAUAUGGCCGCAUUCUCCCACCUUACAUGUUGGAAGGAAAUAUCAGACAGGCGGGCAGCACGGACGCGCAUAGCUUAGAAAGUGCUCGUCCUGAAUUGGAUAUUGACAUAGACGGCUUCGAUUUGAACUAUUUGGAUCCGGCAGAUUACGGCUCGGUGCUUGAGUCGUUGAACCCAUUUUGA